AUGUCGACUCUCAGUUCUAUUCUGUCCUCCAUCGGAGGCCCGACUCAGCAGACCGCGAAACCGCCAAAUGCCAGCCAACCUCGACCCGCCUCACAACCACCCGCAAGCCUGGUGAACGGGAAGGUACAAACGGCGAACAAUGCAGCGGCAGGUAUCAAGAGAAAGGUGGACAGUACAGCAUCGCAGCCAGCAUAUAAAACAGCAAAAGUCGAGGGCACAGGCGGCACGAACACCCCUGGCGCGCAACCGUCUGCUUCCCGAUUUCAGCUGAGCGGCAAAUCUGCCGUGCCUCAGAGCAACGGUGGGCUCGCGAAACCAUCAGUUGUCAGUGCUACAAGGCAGGUCAAUCCGAAAGGAGUCGCGCCCAGGCAGAUUCCUACUUCAGCAACCAGCCAAGCGCCGCCCGGAGGUAGCAAUCAAAUACCGCAGAAGCGAGGCUACGCCUCCGUGUUGGAGAAGGCAAAAGCAGCGCAGAUGGCGGCUCAAAGUGCCGGAGCAGCGACCAUUAAGCACAGACCGGCGGAGAAGUUGACGAAGCGGCAGAGAAGACAGCGGGAGGAGGAAGCACGGGCUCAACAAAGAGCGAACAAAGUAGCGGCUCGAAAUGGCACGUCGAGCAGCGCUCAGGCCCUACAGAAGAAACCGCAAGACACGAGCGUCAAAGGCAAUAUACCCAGAGCGCCGGCCCCCCUGUCCUACAAAGGCACUGCGCGCGCCUCCAAUCCAGCCGAAAAGAAGACUCGCGGCCAACCGCAAGACAAGUACGGCGGCUACGCGAGCUGGUCGGAUCUUGACGAGGCAGAGGACGACGAGGAAGAGCAGUACGAUUCGGACGCGUCAUCAGACAUGGAGGGUGGGUUCAACGAUGUGGAGGAGGAGGAGAUGUUGGCUCUGCGGGCUGCUCGAAAGGAGGACCAAGCGAUGUUGGAGGAGGAGGAGAGGCAUAAGAGAGAGAAGCUGGAGAGGAAGAGGAAGUUGGAGGCACUGAGCAAGAACGCUGCUUCCGCCAAGAAGAGGUUCUGA